GCUUUCCCAGCCCACAAGGUGGAUAUAACCCCAGCUACGCACCGUCCUAUGGACCUCCUCCAGGGCCUCCUCCUCAUGGAUAUGGACCUCCGCCGGGACCUCCCCCUCCAGGGUGCUACCGGAUAUGGCGGGCCCCCACCACCUCCCCCUCCUCUUCAAUCCUACUCCGUGCCCUCUGGCCCUCCUCCUGUAGACAGAGGAACGUAUCCGGGGCAGCAAUACCAUCAUAACCACCAGCAACAACAGCCCAAUGGUUAUGCUCCACCCAGCGGCCCUCCGCCUAGGCCCUCGAUGCAGCAACAGAACUAUGGAGCGCAGUAUCAAGGUUCCAACUAUCCCGUUCAGCAGCCAUACUUCCAGUAUUCUCAAUGCACGGGAAAGAAAAAGGCUCUGUGUAUUGGUAUCAACUAUAUCGGGCAGAACGGAGAGCUUCGUGGAUGUAUCAACGAUGCGCAGAACAUCCAGCGCUUCCUCAUUAGGACGUUCGGCUAUAAGCAAGACGAUAUCGUUAUGUUGACUGAUGACUCGCGCAAUCCUCGUCAAAUUCCUACCAGGGAUAACAUUUUACGCGCGAUGCAGUGGCUUGUCGCCGGGGCACAGCCCAACGAUUCUCUUUUCUUCCACUAUUCUGGACAUGGCGGUCAAACUAAAGACUUAGAUGGUGACGAAGCUGAUGGAUACGAUGAGGUUAUCUAUCCAGCAAGUUCAUAUUCUUCUGAUAUCUACGCAUCGCUCACGACUUACCAGGUUGACCAUCAACGAAAUGGACAUAUCGUUGACGAUCUAAUGCACCAAAUUAUGGUUAAACCAUUACCGGCCGGAUGCCGCCUUACCGCUAUUUUCGAUUCUUGCCACUCAGGGUCGGCACUUGAUCUUCCUUACGUCUACUCGACUGAAGGUAAAAUCAAAGAGCCCAACAUAGCCGCUGAAGCUGGCCAAGGACUCCUAUCUGCCGUGGGCUCUUACGCACGCGGCGACAUGGGAGGCGUUCUCAAGUCUGCCAUGGGCCUUGUCAAAACAGCAUCAGGCGGUGGUCAAAAAGCAGAAAAGUAUGCGCGUGCUACCAGAACCAGUCCUGCUGACGUGAUUUCAUGGAGUGGUUGCAAGGACUCCCAGACCAGCGCAGAUACACAGGAGGCUGGGAAUGCUACCGGUGCCAUGAGCUACGCUUUCAUGGUGACGCUAGGGCAAAACCCUCAACAAAGCUAUCAGCAACUUCUCAAUAAUCUUCGCGAUGUUCUUCGGAGGAAAUAUAGUCAGAAGCCUCAGCUGUCGAGCUCCCACCCCAUGGACACCAACCUUAUGUUCUUGUGCUAAGCGAUAUUUUGAAUUGUAAUAAUAUCUAUUAUUAGCCCGUUAGGAGCGUCAUGUCAAAAGUCCUUCCAGACCUCGGUACAGUAUGUGCUGAAUGCCGUAAGAUAUAAUGAGAUAGAAG